CGACAGCCGCUCAGCGAGCUGGGAGACCCUGCGCCCAGCUCGCGGGCCCCCGCCCCCUCGCUGUCUCCGCCUCCUUCGCUAACACACCUCCCCGGCCGCCCGAGCCCCAGGCCUUCCCCGCGCUCCUCCUCCUCCUCUUCACGCUCGUCCUCCGACCUGGGUCCUCCUGCCUCCCGCCGGCCUUGUUCCCUCCGGGGCUAGUUCUUCUCAGGCUCUCCUUUCACACGCACACACACACACACACACACACACACACACACACGCCCGCUGGGCCGUCCCUUCCUCUCGGCCCACUUGCCCCUCGUCCUAGCUAACGCCGUCGUCGAGGGAGGAUUGAUGUCCCUUCGGCAUCAUGCAGCCGCCGCCGAGGAAGGUGAAAGUUACACAAGAACUGAAAAAUAUUCAAGUUGAGCAGAUGACAAAACUUCAAGCCAAACAUCAAGCAGAAUGUGAUUUGCUUGAAGAUAUGAGGACAUUCAGUCAGAAGAAGGCUGCUAUUGAAAGAGAGUAUGCACAGGGUAUCCAGAAGUUGGCUAGUCAAUAUCUGAAGAGAGAUUGGCCUGGAAUAAAAGCUGAUGAUCGGAAUGAUUACAGGAGCAUGUAUCCUGUUUGGAAAUCUUUUCUCGAGGGAACAAUGCAGGUAGCCCAGUCUCGGAUCAAUAUAUGCGAAAACUAUAAAAACUUCAUUUCUGAGCCUGCAAGGACAAUGAGAAGCUUAAAAGAACAACAACUAAAAAGGUGCGUGGACCAGUUGACAAAGAUCCAAACUGAAUUACAAGAGACAGUGAAAGAUUUAGCUAAAGGCAAAAAGAAGUACUUUGAGACCGAACAGAUGGCUCAUGCAGUACGAGAGAAAGCUGACAUCGAGGCAAAAUCUAAACUUAGUCUUUUUCAAUCAAGAAUCAGUUUACAGAAGGCCAGUGUAAAGUUAAAAGCUCGGCGAUCUGAGUGUAAUUCGAAAGCCAUCCAUGCAAGGAAUGAUUAUCUUCUUACAUUAGCAGCAGCAAAUGCACACCAGGAUCGCUACUAUCAAACAGAUUUAGUUAACAUUAUGAAGGUAAUACAGACUUAAUAUCUGUGGUAAUUU